CUUUCAAAAAGUUCUUUUGAAUCUUUUAAAUUGCAAGAUGCUUGCAGGGUCAGAGCUAAAGAUUCAGCUGCAACAACUAGACAACAAAAUAUAUAUUUAAAUGAUUCCAAUUUCUAAGAAGCAAAAUAACAAACACAUAGAGUGCAUUAUUACAAAAUAAUGGAAAAUAGGGUUAUUAUUGAUGAGCCUUUGAACCUGAGGCAUGAAGCCAUUGAAGCUGAGCUUGAAGAGACAAAGAAAAACCUUCAAAAAGCUAAAGAAGAAACCAUGUCAAUGGCGCAUUGUCUUUCUUCAUUGCAAGAAGAGCUUGAACUCACAAGGCAAGAGCUUCAACAAUUGAAGCAAGAAUCCAUGGGCAAUAAUAAUAAUAAUAAUAAUAAUAAUAAUAAUAAUAAUAAUAAUAAUAAUAAUAAUAAGCAUCAUCCCAUAAUGCAAGAAGAAGAAGAACCGGUUAUUAUUGAAGAUGUCAAGGACAUGGAGAAUAAUAAAAAUAAAAAUAAUGUAACAAAGUUUGAUGAUGAUGAAUUGCAAAAGAAAAGGCAUGUGACUUUUGCAAAUACACCCUCAUUAACUCAUAUUAUUUCACCGUCACCACAACUGCUUACACUUGAAGUUGAAAAAUUGAAGAGGCACCAUUCAUUUGGGAGUGAGAAGAAGAAGAAUAAGAUCAAGCCACUUAUUCCACUCAUUGGUUUUGGAGGUAUCUUUUCAAAGAAAAAGAGAAAUAAUUAUUAAGAGAAAAAUAAUGCUUUCCAUAGACACCUUGAAUUUUAUAGCUUUCAUUUGUGUAUUGCAAAUUGUCACCUACCAAUUAAAAUUCAGAUAAUAAUGAAAUAUCACUCAUGUCAAAAUUAUAGGAAAAAAGUAAAAAAAAAAAAAAUUGACGGUCUACAUUAAGUAGUUUUUUUUUCAUUCUCUCAUGUCCUUUGUAUUGUAUUUUAUAUAGUAGAGGCAAAAUUAAACUAAUAAUAUUGAGUGAGAGUGAAAUUGAAUAUAUAUGGCAUAUGAUAUGAAUAUACUUUUUCAACUUGGUCUUGUUUAUACAGCUGCACCCUUUCAGAAUAUCAUUACUUUGAGUGACUUUCAUGCCACUUCAAAUCAUAUAUAUUCAAGCUUAGCUUGUACUUAUUAUAUAUUAA